AUGGCGCUCAAGGAGCCUUUUGGCCCGGGGAUAUCUGAGGACGACCCCAUGGUUCUAGUAGUUGAAGCGGAAGAUGCCGAAAAGCGGUCAGCGAGCACGGUGCAAUCGAAGGGUCUCCCUGAGGCUGUGACGCCCGAGCCUCGUUAUGUUUACUACCGGCUUUACGAGGAAGAAGGAGCAAUGACUUCCAAAACAUCCUUUGACCCGGAUGAUUCUUCCUUGGGUCACAUUAACACGCUCUCUAUCGCGCCACCUCAAACGGUGUCCUCUCUGAGGUCACAGAUUGUAAAAGCUGAAGGCAUCGCUGAUCGCAAGAUUCAACUGUUUGGGGAUAUGGACGGCGAGGUGCCGAUGAAUGAUAAUGACCACAUUUCUUUCCGAGCACAGGUCUAUCCGGGACAUGUGGAAGAUGAGCCCAUAACUCUUGUUUGUAGCCAAGUCAAGGCCGAGAAAAAGCAGAAGAUCGGCCGGGUAGUGCCAGACCCAACCUUCAACAAAAAGCUUCAAGGCUCGGCGCAAUGGAAUCCACAUCCGGAUGUUCAAUCAGACUGGCUCCCCUUCGCUGCGCACGAAAUCCUGUAUACAGAUGGCGUCAAAACGACAGGCUACAUCGCUGGGUCAAGUAAAUAUCUUCUUCACCGUCACAUAAGCAGUACAAAGACGAUUUUCAUCCCUUCUUGUAGCGGCUCCCUAUAG